UUGCCAUUGUGACGCAAGUGAAAACAUCUGAGGAUUCUUCCUAUAAAAUCGCCGCCGACGUAUCCAAUGCAUUAGUUUGGAAACUCGGUUCACACAAUGAAGAUAGCUAUUGCUCUGGUCGUUGGCCUUUGUGCCGUGCUCGGAUCCGCCUAUCCCCGUCCUCAGGAUCACAAACAACCCGAUGGAUACUUCCAAUACGUGAAUGUACCCGCUCAUAAGGAGUAUGAAUUCGGAUGGAACAGAGGCAACCCGCAUCAUUAUAUCUCCAGAUACGAACAAAGCAAAGACCAUCGAUUCAGAACCAGGGUCCGUUGGGGAGACAAGCAUGGUGGAUACGGUGAGCAAUACUGGGAAUACAACCAUGGUCCCAAGUACAAGCACGACGACCAUCAUCACGCCGACAGCUACGGCAAGGACGACAAAUUCCCCUCUCCACCCAAAUACUCGGGCGGAGCCGGAGGCGGUCCCAUCUAAACCGAUUGGAGCCCACUGACAAUGACGUCCCCCCACCGUCUGCAUGAUAAUGUAUAGGCUGAUUUUCCAAUUCUAGCUCUCUUCCAAUUUCCUUUCUGUUUCAAAGAACAUGCCCGUAACAUUUCUUGUGAAGGUGCAUUAAAUCUUAAUUACCCCCGGAAGCCCCUCUUCUUACCUCUUAAAGAUGAUGGAAGUGGUAGUAACAACCAAGCUGCGCUUCUCGAACAUCCACGACCAUCACCACAACGACGACCACCACCCUCAUUACCAUCAUUAACUGCUGCAGUAGGGAAAGUUUUGGUAAGGGUCCUUCGAACGCACGACGAUCGUUCAUGUGUCCCGAGGAAGUUCAAAAGUGAACUCAAUUCUAAACUUUCACCUAGUAAAACCACAAAAGGGGGGGGGGCCUGUAAUAAAACGCGUCUUUAGGUAAAUGCGGAAAUUGCAUCCACAGAACGCCAGAAUCCAC